ACCACUAUUGGUGGCGCUGUUUUGCCGUACAUCUUUGCGAAAUUACAUGACACGUCCAUCCCCAAACUUGAAAGAAAAUAUCGAUACAACAACAAGCAAGAAGCUCGGAGGAAGCCCAAGUAAAGUGAUCAAUUCAAUCUGGUAAAUAAGCUCCAGCCACCAAACCAACCAACCCACUCGCCACCUGUUUCUAAGGACAAGGCUGUAAGGAUGGGGGGCUUUGCCAGUCUUUUCAAGAACCUUUUCGGGAAGAAGGAGAUGCGAAUUCUCAUGGUUGGGCUCGAUGCAGCGGGAAAAACAACCAUUUUGUACAAACUCAAGCUUGGUGAAAUCGUCACAACCAUUCCGACCAUUGGAUUCAAUGUAGAAACAGUGGAGUACAAAAAUAUCAGCUUCACAGUUUGGGAUGUUGGUGGUCAAGACAAAAUUAGACCCCUGUGGCGGCACUACUUCCAAAACACACAAGGUUUGAUAUUUGUUGUUGAUAGUAACGACAGAGAAAGAGUUGGUGAAGCGAGAGAAGAGCUCAACCGAAUGUUGAACGAAGAAGAAUUGAAAGAUGCUGUCCUUUUGGUAUUUGCUAACAAACAGGAUCUCCCUAAUGCAAUGAACGCAGCAGAAAUUACAGACAAGCUGAGUCUUCACAAUCUGCGAAAUCGAAACUGGUACAUCCAGGCAACAUGCGCUACGAGUGGUGAUGGCCUCUAUGAGGGAUUAGAUUGGCUAUCAGCCCAGCUUAAAAAUCAAGCGGGAAAAUAAAUUACAUUAGGCAAGAGUGUUUGAACACCUUGUAGAUAAUUAUUUCCUACAGAUUUGUUUUUCAUUGGGGCAGGGUUGGGAGAGAUAGUGAAAGAUCCAUCUUUAAAAAUAUUCCGUUUUCCAACAGAAUUCAGAAAAUCAAAAGAGUAAACAAAACAUUUGAUAAAAUUGUGACACUCUUAUUCUUGAUACUUGUGGACUUUAUAGCACCCACCUUGUGUCAGACGGAUAUUGCAUGUACCAGUUGUCAAUUUCAAAGCAUUUUUGUAUGUAUGUUUUGUCCUGUAUGUAUCAAAGUGUUGUGACCAAUUAUUUUAGAUGUGACACUGGAGAGGUGUAUGUAAAGGAACAUCCAAAGAUAGAUUAUUUGGCAUUUUGACGGUGUCCAAAAUUAUCAACACUGUAAGUUAUAUACUAUAGCAGCUUAACAGUUGAAACUAAAAACUUUCAGAUGUAGUUCAUGAUUUUUUUUCUGUAUUUAAGAUUUGUGUUCUGUUAGUUUUGUGAAGUUAUUUUUGAUGUAAGACUUCCAUGGUGUACUUGCAAAAAUACAACCAAUCAUAAAAAAAAAAAAAUUGAGAAAAUAGUAAAACUAAAUUCAAGGAUUAUUUUUGGUAAUACAUAAUCUUGGUGUGGUUAGACUUAUUUAGGUGGUUUUGUUCUUAUUGUACAGUAAAACUUUAUCUCUUACUUGAAACUCGAAAAAGUUUCCGAAUUGUAUCAAUAAACUGUCAAUUAGCGUGUAUUACACCUGUUUCACACUGUCGCGUCAGAGUCGCGCGGAACCAAACAGAUAAUGAGCGCCUCUGGGUGGACCCAACUAAAUUUUGGUUUCAGACAGGCAAAGAUGGUAGUCUGAAACCAAGGCGCUCCAGAGUUGUUCUGAAUGACUGCAACAGUCGAUUAUGUUUUACUUCUAGCGUGGCCAGUCCCUCCUUAAUGUUUAAGACGUAAAACUGUUCAUGUAUUAAAUUCAGAAUUUGGUUCGGCACGACUUUGGAGCACCUGUCUGAAACAGGUGUAAAGUUCUCUUGCUAUAAAUGUAAUCAAAGCUAAUAGGAAUACAAACAUUCUUGAGUAGAAAUGUGUUACCAUAGCUACCUCCUAGCUUCUCUGUGCAACACAGUAACAAGUUUUACAUAUUAUUAUCAUUGCAUACAUGUACAUGUACACAAUAUUUUAAUCAAAAUAAAACAAUAACUUUAAGAUUUGCUGUCGAUUUUUAAGCUUCUUGAAAUUGUAAUACACAGAUAUAACAAUCUUACAUUUCAAGCUAGUUAGGAUUUCAAGCAGGCUCUUUUUGUACAAGCAACUUGCAGGUAAAUAUUUUCAUAGGUGUAGUGUGGGAUUACAUUUUUAAAGCUGGUUUUUCAUACAAUUUUGAGGGAAAAUCUGUAAAAUUCCAACUUCCUCAUCUUCGCCUGGCCAAAUAUCUUGGCAAUUAUCUUGUUACCGUCGGGGUUUUUGUUCACACAAAAAGUCCAGAAGUGACUAUCUUUCACCAAUAGGAAUUGUACAGCAGUUACUUAGCCUUUGGUUUUUAUGACCAUUACUGGGUGAAAGGAACCAUAAUGGUUUCGAUGUGGCUUCUUCUGUAAAUUUGUACAAUGGCUUUUGAGCAGUGCCAAGGUUGUUUGGAUGAAUUGUGUAAGAUUGCAAGGAUAUGUAAGACAAUGGAAAUCCAUGGUAUUAUAUAAAACCGACAGUUAACAACUGUAUGAUGAUGGUGUAAGCAAAGUAAAGUUGUACAUAAACUCUGCAAAGAGACACAAUGUGGGAUCAUCUAAAA